AUGAUCGGAACAUUCUUGAUUUUUGCGAUUGUUCAAGCGGCACUAGCGUUAGAUUGCGGAAAGGUGAGAUUCUAGUAAAAACCGAGGUCGAAUUUUUCCGAGACAAAUUUUGCAGACUGAGAUCAACAAUCCGCAGUCUAUGCAAUUCCACGUUUUCAGUCAAGAAAUCUCAACUGGCGAGGUUUAUUUGGAUGGAAAAAUCGGAGAUAUCAGCCGAAAUGUGGAAUUCUACGUCUAUCGCGCACUUCCGCAAUCAACAAUUCAAAUAGAAUCUCUCACUUUUUUGACACGUUUCAACCCAUCUGAAAAGAGCACCAAAUUCUUUGUGUUUAAUUCGGAAAUGCGAAUGGAGGAACAAGGAAAAUUGAAUGGAGUUCGGAUUAAUGCAAAUUCGAAUAACAAUUUCAAGAUUCAGUAAGUUUGACAGUAGUAGGCCCUCAAAAAAUUCCCAAAAUUUUCCGCAGAUUUCUCCCACAAGAGUUCAAAGUUUUCACAAAUGGCCAACUAUUGCAAAGCGUCGCUCGUAAAUUCGACAAACAUGGAACAAUUCAAGGACUCGCAAUCGCCGGCAAUUUCAAAACAUUAUCGAUCGAUUUGAAUUGCAAUAAGCUCACCAAAAAUGGCGAAUCUUCGUAA